CUGCGACUCAACUCUGGAGGCUUUAUUAUUUCAUCUUGCUAUUCAUUGUUAGAGUUGGAGGUACCGCUGGUCUGAUCUUGUGUUAGUACUCGUUUGUUAAUACUUACACUUAAAUGGCUGAUAUGAAAAGUAAUGAAGAUUUGUCCACUGCUAUCCUGAAAAAGAAAGAUCGGCCGAAUAGAUUGAUUGUUGAAGAUGCAGUCAACGAUGAUAAUUCAGUUGUUGCUCUUUCACAGGCUAAGAUGGAUGAACUUCAAUUAUUUCGUGGAGACACUGUGCAGCUUAAAGGGAAAAGAAGGAAAGAAACCGUUUGUAUUGUGUUAUCUGAUGAUACCUGCCCUGAUGAAAAAAUUAGGAUGAACAGAGUUGUUAGAAAUAAUCUACGAGUUCGUUUGUCAGAUAUUGUUUCAAUUCAAGCUUGUCCUGAAGUAAAGUAUGGAAAAAGAAUUCAUGUUUUACCAAUAGAUGAUACUGUUGAGGGAUUAACAGGGAACCUUUUUGAAGUCUUUCUUAAACCAUACUUUCUGGAAGCAUAUCGUCCUAUUCAUAAAGAUGAUACAUUUGUUGUCAGAGGUGGUAUGCGUGCUGUUGAAUUUAAAGUAGUAGAAACGGAUCCUGCUCCUUAUUGUAUUGUAGCACCUGACACCAUUAUUCAUUGUGAGGGCACUCAUAUCAAGAGAGAGGAAGAAGAAGAAGCUUUAAAUGCUGUUGGAUAUGAUGAUAUUGGAGGUUGUAGAAAACAACUUGCUCAGAUUAAAGAAAUGGUUGAACUUCCUUUGAGACAUCCUAGCUUAUUCAAAGCCAUUGGUGUCAAACCUCCUCGUGGAAUAUUACUUUAUGGACCACCUGGAACUGGUAAAACAUUGAUAGCACGUGCUGUGGCCAAUGAAACAGGAGCAUUUUUCUUUUUAAUCAAUGGUCCAGAAAUUAUGAGUAAACUAGCAGGUGAAUCGGAAAGUAACCUGCGUAAAGCAUUUGAACAAGCUGAAAAACAUGCACCUUCUAUAAUUUUUAUAGAUGAAUUGGAUGCUAUAGCUCCAAAACGAGACAAGACCCAUGGAGAAGUAGAGCGGAGAAUCGUCUCACAAUUGCUUACUUUGAUGGAUGGUCUUAAACAAAAUUCUCAUAUAAUUGUUAUGGCUGCUACCAACAGGCCUAAUUCAAUUGAUGCUGCUCUUAGACGUUUCGGACGAUUUGAUCGUGAGAUUGAUAUUGGUAUUCCAGAUACUACUGGACGUUUAGAAGUUCUUCGAAUUCACACAAAAAAUAUGAAACUUGCUGAUGAUGUUAAUUUAGAACAGAUUGCAGCCGAAACACAUGGUCAUGUUGGUGCUGAUUUAGCAUCUCUCUGUUCAGAAGCAGCUCUUCAACAGAUUCGUGAAAAAAUGGAUCUAAUUGAUUUAGAAGAAGACCAAAUUGAUGCCGAAGUUCUUAAUUCUCUUGCUGUUACCAUGGAUAACUUCAGGUAUGCUAUGGGCAAAAGUAGCCCUAGUGCCCUUCGUGAAACAGUGGUUGAAGUUCCUAAUAUUACUUGGGAUGAUAUUGGUGGUCUCGAUAAUGUUAAAAAAGAGUUACAAGAAUUAGUUCAGUAUCCUGUUGAACAUCCAGAGAAGUUCUUGAAGUUUGGAAUGCAACCUUCCCGUGGUGUUUUGUUUUAUGGACCACCAGGUUGUGGUAAGACUUUGUUGGCCAAAGCUAUUGCUAAUGAAUGCCAGGCCAACUUCAUCUCGGUUAAGGGUCCUGAAUUAUUAACUAUGUGGUUUGGAGAAUCCGAAGCUAAUGUCCGUGAUAUUUUUGAUAAGGCUAGAGCUGCUGCACCAUGUGUUCUUUUUUUCGAUGAACUGGAUUCCAUUGCUAAAUCAAGAGGUGGAAGUGUCGGAGAUGCUGGAGGUGCAGCUGAUAGAGUUAUCAACCAAAUACUCACAGAAAUGGAUGGUAUGGGAGCCAAGAAAAAUGUCUUUAUAAUCGGAGCCACUAAUAGACCAGACAUAAUUGAUCCUGCCAUACUGAGACCUGGUCGUUUAGAUCAGCUCAUUUAUAUACCAUUACCUGAUGAGAAGUCAAGAGAAGCCAUUUUCAGAGCAAACUUAAGAAAGUCACCUGUUGCUAAGGAUGUUGAUUUACAAUACAUUGCCAAAGUUACAUUUGGUUAUUCUGGAGCCGAUCUUACCGAGGUAUGUCAAAGAGCUUGUAAACUUGCCAUCAGGCAGUCAAUUGAAGCGGAAAUUAAAAGAGAAAAAAGUAGAUUAGAUGGAGCUACACGAAUGGAUAUGGAUGAUGAAGAUCCUGUUCCUGAAAUAACUCGUGAACAUUUUGAAGAGGCAAUGAGGUUUGCUAGGCGAUCAGUCACUGAUAAUGAUAUUCGCAAGUAUGAAAUGUUUGCUCAGACAUUACAACAAUCAAGAGGUUUUGGAACUAAUUUUAGAUUCCCUGCUAGCUCAAAUAUCCCUAGCGCACCAGGAGGUGGAGGAACAGAAACUAACAACUUUCCAGAUGAUGGAGAUGAUGACCUUUAUAAUUAAACAAGUUUUCACUAGAUAAUUAAUUUUUUUAUGAACCUCAAUCGUUCCCAAGUAAUUGAAAUGUUAAAUGACAACAACUUCAGAUAUUCAUUUGUUUCUUUAUUCCUGGAAAUAUAUUGGCUCAAUCAUAAGUUGUCAGCCCUUAAAUUAUGACAUUCCGAAUAAGACAUGUAUACUAAUCUGCAUAAAUUUAUGUUUGCCGUAUUUUUUUUUCAUACACAUUUAUUUUCAUAAUGGUAACUAACUUUUAACAAAGCUGUGCCAUUACUUUUCUUAUUGUAAAGUUUACUUUUUUGUUGCUGUUUAGGAUACUAGUUAAAAGUGUUAAAUUUUGUUAGGUUUACAUUCCUGAUAUGUAUGGAACUAAAGUUUUCCAAGCCUGAGCUACCAAGAUUAUUGAUUUUAAAGAAUAACAAUAAUUAUUAAUUAUUGCAAGUAUCAUUAUUAUUGCUGGAAUAUAAAAUUUACUAAUGAUGACAUGUUAGUAUUUAUAAAUUAUAGUUUUAUGUAUUAAGUGUUUUCGUGAAAUGUAAUGGAACCAAUAUGUGAUAUUGGUUUUAGAACCCUUUGUGACACAAAUUUGUCUAAAUUUUACCUUUCUCUUGUUACUUGAUCCCUAGAUUAAGUAUCCAGUAAUGGUAGAUAAACUUCUGUAAUAAGAAAUUGUAUAAUUCCUUAGUUAAAAAUAUAAUUGAAGGCACUUUUUUUUUAUCGUCACUUAAUAGUAUAUUAAGUAUAUUAUCUUAUAUCUUUAAAGGAAACUAGUUUUAAAAUGUAUCACAAUGUCAAUUAUUAUUUGCCUUUUUUGUUAUUAUUUAUUAAUUAUAUAUAUAUAUAUAUAUAAAUAUAUACAUAGAGAGAGUAAAAGAGAAAAUAAACUUUAUUCUGGGACAAAGUCCUUUAACAAUAAUAAUUAUGAACACAUAAUAAAACUAUCUGGCCAAAAACUACAUUAAUAAAAAAUAAUCAUUUAUAUAUAUAUGUAUAAUUAUGAAAUUCACAAUUUAUAUAUCAUGUAUAUGAAUCCUUGAUAGUGUUUUAAACGAGACCAUUUGUACAUAAAUGUUGUUUAUAAACAUGUUUCAUUGGCACAGCUUUGCUUGAAAGAUAGUGUUGAAUAUAGUUGACAUAAUUUAUAUUAAACAAAACUUUUAAAACUUAUCCGUAAGUUUUUUUUUAUUUAUUUUUAUAUUUUACUUUUAUAAACCUUUAAAGCCAAAAGUUGACAACUUAUUUUAAAUAGAGGUUGGUGUAAUGAACUAUUCAUAGAUUUAUUCCAAUUUAUCUGUCGUAUCUUCUCUCAAUUUCAAUCCUAUUCUUUUAAAUCACAGUUUAUUUUUCACGAACAUUGUUUAAUGUAUUGUAAUUUUUAAUACUUUCUCAUUUUUAUGAUUACCACAAAAAGUUAGCACUGUUUGAAAUCAGAUUUUUACACAAUACAUAGAUUUGGUUGUAUUUAUAUUUUUAAAUGCUUGUAGUUUAUAAUUAUCUUAUACAAUUUAUUGAUGCAUUAAUAAUGUAAAACUAUAUUCUUUAUUUGUCAG